AUUGUMUGGGGCCCAAAACCGCUCCACCUCUCUCCCUCUCUCUGGUUCGGUGAAUACCAGAGGAAUGCCCCCGAAUUGGGCGUCGAAUUUCUGAGAAAUUACAAUGGAGAAAUCGUUCACUCUCAUUCAGACAAUUGCAACUGCUGGAGCUUUCUCUGCGAUUUCAUUCUGGUAUGGUUUCAUGUUUGGAAGAGAGUCCGCUCGAAAAGACUUGGGAGAUUUGAUCCAAGAUCUACGCCGCGGAAGUUCCAACUCCGAUUCUUCUCCUGCAGCUUCUAAUUCUUGACUUGGCACUAAUUUAUAUCAAGUAUGUUUUGAAGUAUGCUGGUGAUAUCUGAGAGGUGGUGUUGCAACCUCAGGAGCAUGGGUAGGUCAAGGCUUCGAGUGCUUGGAAAUUAAAGGAUUUUCAGCCAACAGUUUGGAUAAAUGACUCGUAAAUUUUCCUUGGGUUUGUUGAAGAUUCUGUAGAAAUGCAUACUUGCAAAGGCCUAAGUUCAGCCGGUGAAUGUCUUCUAGAAUUUUUCUGUGGUUGGAUUCUUUCUGUACCCGAUAUUGUGUUCUUGGAGAACAUUCAUCAUAGAUGAAAGUGUCUUUUGACCAUUUGGAUGAAUUUUCGUGGUAUCUAGACAAUAGAAGCUAUGCCGAGGUAAGCUUUCAACAUUUAGAUGGUUUCUUGGCGUUUGUCAGUAGUUCCUCGAUAAAUCUCAUUCAUCUUUCAUAAAGAAAAGAAAUACAUCUGAAAACCAAUUCAAACCAUGGAUAGACAUUCGUCUCUCUGUUGUUUUCUCAAGAACCAACAAAAAGGGAGCUAAAAUAUUUAGCAAAUUGUAAUUUGUUUAUCAACAUUUUGUUUU